AUGCAAGGGGAAGGGAAUGGAGUCUGGAUCCUGGGUCCUGAGGCACACAGAGAUGGUGAAAUUUGCCUCCUUGCGAUCACUGAUCUCACUGUCGCCAUCAUCAGAACUCCCAUCCUCAACCUCCAAGGACUUUUCUUCUGCACAACCAUGGGAUGCAAUCAAGGUGUCUUGAUCUCUGAUACAUGGUACAGAAGAUAUUAUAUGAAGAUCAUAGUCAUCAAUGCAGUUUUCAAUCUGCAGCAUGAAUCAAAGAGUCAGCUGAAUCAUGAGGCACUUCUCCUUCUUGAUGUAGUGCAUGCACAAUGCGAAGCCUUUUGUGCAGAACAAGCUCUGGCUGCAUGCAUCACCCACGAAUAUGAAUCAAUGGCCAAGUUGUACAAGUACAAGGUGGGCAGCAGCGAGGCACAGUUAUUGAGCAUGCUGGUAGUCGAAUACUUGCCAUUUGUCUAG